AUGCGUCAAAGACGACCCCCUCGUUUCUCUACUCCCUCACUCCCCUCCUUCCACGCACACACCCACCCCUUGACCGACCCCUUCCCCAGGCGUGGCCUCUCCGUCGUAGCCGCGCACGAUCUAGUCAAAAGGCAACCUCCCUUUUCCCUCUCCCCCUCCGCCUUCAUCUCCCCCGACCAGGCCAUCACUGUCCCCCACCCAUGCUCCCUCACUCCCCUCCUUCCUCACCCCUUGCCUCACCUGCUUCCCCAGGCGCGGUCUCUCCGUCGUAGCAGCGCGCGAGCUAGUAGAGGUCGAGCCCCUCCUCCAAUCCCCCUUGUUCCCAAGCGUGGUCCGCGAGGCCUCUCCGUUGUAGCAGCGCGCGAUCUGGUCGAAGGCGAGCCGCUCUUCUCCCUCCCGCCCUCCGCCUUCAUCUCCCCAGAGCAGCCCAUCACUCUCCCCCACCCCUACCCGCUCACUCCCGACGCCUCCCCUCUCUCCGGCUGGACGGCAUUCUCCAUCCUAGCUGCGUGGAUUCUGAGGGAGAAGAGGAAGGUGGAGAGUGGUGAGGGGUCGCAGUGGGGCGUGUAUGUGCAGUCGCUGCCUGAAUAUGUGCCGCUGCCGGUGUUCUUUCCAAACGAUUUGAUCCAGGAAUUUGAAGUUCAGAGCAUGAUCGACCAUGCCUUCUCCUACCGGGAGACGUUCAAGUCGGAGUACGAGCGGUGUGACAAGGCAGCCAUCGGCAAUGCAAGCCAGGAGGAGUUCAUAGCUGUUCGACCACCACGCCGCCAACACCAUGGGCUGGCAGGUGGGUGGGCAUUUGAGUCUGAUGCAGAGCUGUUCUUACUAUUUCCCUUCUUCUGUUUCUCUUUGGUGCUGCCAUCCCUCUUUCCCACCAUCAACACACCCUUUGCCCUCCCUCCACACACUCUUUCCACUCACUCGCACUCACAGACGGACGAGCAGACCGACACGAUCGUCGUCCGGAGCUACGCCGCCCUGCCAGCUGGCAGCCAGCUGUAUAACAGCUACGGGACAAAAAGCACCGACAUGUUCCUGCAAGCGUACGGCUUCGUGCCGUCCGACAACCCGCACGACUCGUUCCCCCUCACUUCCUCUGAAGCCGAUCUCGCAGAAAUUUACUACAAGCACUAUGCGAAUGUGACUGUAAAGGAGGGGAGAAAGGGCAUGUUCGACCUAUGGGCGGAGUACCUUUUAAGGAGGACGACAGAGGAUGUGAGGGCAGCGAAAGAGAAGGCAGAAGAGGAGGUGGGGGUGAUAGCAGGGCCGAAAGCAGAUGUGUUUGGGGAGGGCAGCGCGCAUGCGGUGUGGGCAGGGGGGCAGGUCGACCCUCGAAUGCUCCUCUUUCUCGCCUCGCUGUGGCACGUGUUUGGCUACGGGGAAGAGCCCAACUAUGCUGGUUUGGCCCAAGCCUCGGUCUGGUUCGGCUGGCACGUCUACAGUGGAACGUGCGCUGACAUGGCCCAACCCAUAGGCUUGACCGACCAUGAACUCACGAGCCUCCUCGCUGGAGCUGAUCUGGUUCGGGAUGAGGUCCGGCAGGCCCUGGCGAGCUGGUCCACGCCUAUUGAUGAGGAUCGGCGACACCUGAAGCAGCUGGAGAAAUGCUGGUGGGUUGAUGGAAAGAUUGAGAAGAAAGAUAAAGUGGGAGAGGGCGAGGCAGGGGAGGAGGAGGAAGGGAGGGAUGAAUUGGAAGGUGGGGAGGAGGUGUGCACAGAGGAGGUAGUUAAGACGCUCAUGGAACGGGAGCUGGUGCUACAGUACCGUAUCGCCAAGAAGAAGUUGCUGCAUGACGUGUAUGAUCGGCUCGAAGAGGGUUGUUCGUCUCUCUUGCAGUCAGAGUCUCCGGAAACAGAUUCCGCAGAGGCAGCAUCAGAAGGGUUGAAGGGAUUGUUACCAGAAUUGACUGUGCCAUCUCCACCUUUGCCUGCAGAGCAGCAUGACGAGCUCUAG